CACAAAUCACGAUGACCGUGUGCCAUCACACCUGCCAUUUCGAACGAAGAGGUGGCGCGGCCAUUUUUCGUGUUCGACACGAUCUCCACCUCUUAGAACACCGAAUUUCGGGUUCACCUCGUGAUGUCAGACCCUGUUGCUGAGCCUUUACCUGUUGAGGAGUCCGUUGUCGAGGACUCGCCUGGUCAAGCUGAACACGAGGCCUCUGAUCUGACGUUGAGUGAUCUCACAACAAACGCGCCAGCAGAAGGUGCCGCUGGAGACGAGGACACCGAGGACGGACAUGGCGCAGAUGCGGAGAGUGUGGUGACUGGAGUAGAAGAUGCGGCUGCGGCUGUAACAGCCAAACCUGUCCCUGCUGUGAAAGCGGCCGCAAAGACGUCGACGAAUGGGACUGCCUCGGGUGUUAAGAAGAUAUUGACUUCGGGCACCUUCGGUGCCAGCAAAUCAGUGUCUUCCAAACCUUCUACCAGCUCCGCCCCUGCGAAGGCCCCGGCUGCUGCGCCCUUGAAGAAAUCCAUUAGUGGUCCCACAACGACCAAGCCGACAAUGACGGCGUCGAGGCCCGCUCCGUCUGGAACCGCUGCUGCUGUGCGAAAGCCCACCGUUUCUGCCACGAAACUGACCGGGCCUUCUUCCAUUAAACCGUCCGUGUCUGCCUCGAAGCCUACGACCGCGUCAUCAGGUGCCACAGCGCGAGGGUCUGUGACAUCCCCAGUCGGUAGCUCGGGCGCCAAUACUAAAGACGCUCCUUCCCGACCGCGUGCCUCAGUGUCCGAAGGGGUUAAGAGAGCACCUAUCGCUCCUCGAGCGAGUCUUGCUGCCGUGACAAAACCACCGUCGAAACUCGCCUCCUCAACCGCUUCGAAGCCCACAGCGACCAAGGCGCCGUCAUCUGCUUCUGCGGCACCUGCAAAGACGCGCACGACUGCUUCCAUCGCGUCAAUAAAGGAAGUGCACGAGGAUACCAAGGCCCUCGAAGAAUUGCAGACGAAACUCCGUGAAGCAACUGAUGAGCUCGCAGUCAAAAGCCAGGCUGCCGCGGAGCUGGAAGCUCAGGUCGAGGAUCUCAAAGCGUCGCUGGCGACCGCGCUGGCCGACAUCGAGGCCAAGGGCUCGAGUGCGCCUGAAGUGACAGAAGCUCAAUUGGCUUCUGAAAUGCAGCUUAAGAGCACGACGGAAGCUCUCGAAAUGCUGCGGGCGGAACAUGAGCAAAGCACGUCCUCUUUGCAAGCUAUUCAAGAAGAGCUCGACGCCGCAAGGGAGGCCACCACUGUACAGACACAGUUGGUCGAAACACUCCAACUUCACAUCGAAACUUUGUCAGCUGAGGUUGCGAAGGCCACCGAAAGUUAUGCUGCUCUGCAAGCGUCACAGGGCAGCGUGUCCUCCGACGCGUCGGCUGCGGCCUCCAUCGAGCACGACGCAUUGUUGAAGGCCCAGUCGGACUUUGGAGCUAUCCAGGUCGAGAUUGAAGCACUGAAGGACGCGCACAAACAGAGUCUGGAGGACCUCGAAGGCAAACUCUCCACCGCUGUUGAAGACAAGGCUUCUGCCGUGGCAACUCUGGAGGAAACGCUCGCCGAUCUGACGUCUCAGAAGGAGGAGGCAAUAGCUAAGCUAUCUGAAUUCGAGGUCGAAAAUCUUGAGCUCAAAGAGAGUCAAGAGAGUGCAGAGGACGAGCGAACCAAGACUGCAGAACACAUUUCCACUCUUGAGCGAGAGCUUUCCGAAGCUGUCGCAGCAACCCAGGCGGCGAUUGAUAAAGCUACCGCGGAGCAAACUGAGCACGCUGCUCAAACUGGUGCAACCCAGGCAUCACACGAACAAGCGAUCAAAGAGAUUGCGGACGCUCAUACUCAAACAACGACUCAAUUGGACGCUUUGAAGGCCGAGCUUGACGGUGCUCGAGCCGACCAUGAGACAGCUGUUUCUGAGCACGCCCGGCUGCUUGCAGAGAGUGAAGCCGCCUCUGCUAAGAAGGAGGCGGAUCUUGUCGAACAGAUCAAAGUUAUCUCGGCCGAUCUUGAGAGCCAAGAGUCCCAGUACAAUGCGAAAGUGGAUGUCGUGAAAAAAGAACAUGAGCAGCUGCUUCAAGAGGCAUUCGAGCGCGCCAAGGCCGAAGCAAGCAGCCUUCAUCAACAAGAUCUCCAGUCUCUGCGGUCUGAAUCUGGCAGCACGAUGGACCAAGUGCGAGCCAUCCAUGAGUCUACCAUCGAGCAACUCAAAGCCGAGCACGCUUCCGUCAUCGAGUCCACUGUUGGCGACCUCGAGAAACAGUUGGCGAAGCUGAAUAUCGAGCUGAAGGCCACCCAGGACGAUCUUGUCAAGGCUAAGGCGAAUCUAGACGGAGCCCGGGCCGAAAUUUUGACUAUGACCGCUCAACGGGAUGAGGCCCGCACGACCUUGGAGGCGACACCGGAGCUAUCUCCGCAACAUGCGGAGGAGAUAACUCGGCUGCGGCAUGAAGUGGUUGCCAAGUCCGAUGACUUGCAGGCUGUCGAAGAAAUGUUGGCGAUCACCAAGGCUUCGAUUCAAUCCAUCUCACAGAACCACACCGUUGAGCUCGAAGAAGCGGCGAAAGCCAGAGCUGAGGAGGCGACCAAGCUGCAGGCUGCUCACGACGAGGAGGUGAAAGCCUGGAACACGCAAAAAUCGGAGCUGACGUCCCGCCUUUCGGACCUCGAGGGGGAGCUUGCCACUCUCAAGGCAACGAUGAAUGCGGAAACAGCCGCUCCGAAGAGCAAUGGAGCUGUCGCAGUUCCGCAAUCACCCGGGAUCACCAAAGAAGAGCUGCAACAUCUGCACGAAGCUCACAACUUGAAGAUGAAUGAUCUCCAAGCCCAGCACGAGAAAGAACUGAAGGCGUUACGGGAUCAGCUAGAGAAGGCUGCUGCCGACCUGGACGAGUCGAUUGCUUCGGUUGCCCGCAAAGCCAUGGAGAUUCAGGCAGGUGCUAUGCGACACUGGUUUCAUACACUGUUGACCCUGGCUGCAGUAUCUCGAGUCCGAUCAAGACGAACAGACCGACCGGAUCACUCAGUGCUACAAGAAGACUUGGAAGCCGCUCAACUCAAGAUCAAGACUCUGGAAAGUCCCGCCGCAUAGGUGAGGACGCUAGCUGGACGGGUUGGUUGUUUUCUAUGUAUAUCAGGAUUUCUCGUUGUCCCCCUUACCUUACUACAUCUUUUAUACCCUCGACUGAAAUCAUAUGCAUUCUUCCGGAAAAGUGUAUUCUCCCGGACAGCCUUCGG